UACAUGUUUUAUAUAUAUUACAAUAUUUUUCCUUUCAUGUUUUAUAUCCCGUUUGGUUGGUCGGAAAAUGUACAGGAAAUGAUAUUUUCAGAUCUUUUCACGCGUUAGUUGAAUUGAAGAUCUUGUUUUGGUUCUUUUGGAAGAAAAAGAAAAUUAUCAUUAUUAUUGUUAUUAUUAUUAUUAUUAUGAGAAAAAUGUUUUUUAUUAAAUUAAAAUUUUUAUUAGCAUAAUUUCAAGAAUUAAAUUCUGUUAUAAAUUUUUAAAAUCAGUUAUAGUAUAAAAUUGUAACGCAUCCUGCAUUUAUAUUCAGGAUAUAAAUAAAAUAAAAAAUCCAUAUACUUAAAAAUUUCUUUAUCGAUCUGAAUUUUCACAGAGGAUUAUUCCAUUUUAUAGAACUUCAAGAUUUAGACACCUCUACUGUAAUCUCCCUCCUUCGCCUCUCUCCAAUGCCUUCAGAUCCUGAACCUCCUUCAAAAACUGGUAGCAUUACUUGCCGUCGGAUCCGGCUCCGGCUCCGGCUCCGGCGCAGGAGGAAGCUCCCGAUCGUACGCCUGGGCGGGGAUGCGGAUGCAACGCCGCAGCAAGGGGAAGAGCUGGUCAGUAUGACACAGAAGAUGAAGGUGAAGCUCAAAGACUACUACCAUACGGUGGUGAAGGAGUUUGUUGAAGCAGGAGGGAGCGUCAACUCUCUCCAGCAAAAGAUCAUGAUGGAGAGCUCCUUCACAGUUCCGAUCAAAGGAGUCGCCGUUUGUAGCUUUCCUUCUGUUUCCGGCUCCUGAGCAGCGAAGCGCCGCGGAUGAGCGGCUUAUGAGGUCGCUGUUUCAUGUUGUGUACUUAUUCAGUGAAACUGGAAUAAAUAAGAAUGGAAGGUCGGUUUUAAGAUUUUA